AUGAGGCGAGCAAUCUCACCGCUUCUCACCAUUCCUUAUUCCUCAAUCCCCUUCACUCUCCUCGCUAUCUCUCCUCCACGCCCCUCCCUUUCACAGCAAAACCACAGCCGGGGCAAGGUGGCAGCGCAUGAGGCGAGCAUUCGACGCGCCCAAACCGAGCUGAAGGCACUGCAGUUUAGAGACAUUGAUAGCCGACACAGGAAGCAGCUCAUCCAACUCAAGACUACAGAGAUGGCAAACCGGGACAUCGACAAGUACUACAAUGCAUUGGACAAGGCUUUAAUGCGGUUCCAUGCGAUGAAGAUGGAGGAGAUCAACAAGAUCAUCAAGGAGCUGUGGCAGCAGACGUACCGAGGCCAGGACAUUGACUAUGUUGAGAUCCGCUCCGAUGCUGAAGGAGCGGGGACACGGUCUUACUCCUAUCGGGUGGUGAUGCGCAGUGGUGAUGCUGAGCUUGACAUGCGGGGACGGUGCAGUGCUGGCCAAAAGGUGCUGGCUUCUCUCAUCAUCCGCCUUGCUCUGGCCGAGACCUUUUGUCUCAACUGUGGCAUCCUCGCUUUGGACGAGCCGACCACCAACCUUGACGCUCCCAAUGCUGAGAGCCUUGCGAGGGCCUUGAACAGACUAAUGGAAGAGAGAAGAAGCCAGGAGAACUUUCAGUUGAUUGUCAUCACUCACGAUGAGACUUUCGCGGAAAUGAUUGGGCGAAAGGAGCACGCAGACCACUACUACCGCAUUUCAAAGAAUGAAAGGCAGCAGAGUACAAUCGCGGUUCAAGACAUCUACGAUUAA